AUGGCGGCGCUGGUGGCACCGGACGCCCCGGCGCCCCCGGGCCCAGCCGAGACGGCGGAGGCGGCGGAACUGAGCCGCGCCCUGAGCCGCCUGCUGCCGGGGCUGGAGCUGCGCUUGGCGCUCGUGCAGCUGCUCGGCCUGGCUGUGAGACUGGGCGGCGCUGCGCUCGCUCCUUACCUCGACGACGCGCUGCGCGUGCUACGCUGUACGCUGCUCGACCCCUUCGCCGCUGUGCGCCGCGAGAGCUGCGCGUGCGCCGCCGCCCUGGCGCGCGCGACGCCAGAGCACUUCCACAUGCAGUCUGAGUCCCUGGUGGGCCCACUGAUGCAGACCAUCGCCCACCAGCACUGGAAGGUCCGUGUGGCUGUCAUUGAGGCCACGGGCACAGUGAUCCAGUUUGGGAACGGGAAGUCUGUAGACGACGUGCUCUCUCACCUGGCUCAGCGGCUGUUUGACGACGUCCCACAGGUGCGGCAGGCGGUGACCUCCGUGGUAGGAGCCUGGCUGCUGGAGCUGCGGGACCGGUACUCCUUCUUCCACAAGCUCAUCCCACUGCUGCUGAGUAGCCUGGAUGACGAGCUCCCGGAGAUCAGACAGUUGGCCGCCAGCCUCUGGGAGAAGGUUGGCCUCCAGUGGCAGAAGGAGAACGAAGAGGACCUGAAGGACAAGCUGGACUUUGCUGCCCCGCCACCCCCGCACUACCCGCUGCAAGAGAGCCGCCCAGGUCUGGGCUGCCGGGAGCUCGUCUUCAGGAACCUCUCCAAGAUCCUGCCAGGCCUCUGCCGGGACCUGGCAGACUGGGUGGUGGGCACCAGGGUCAAGGCCGCACAGCUGCUGGCCGUGCUGCUGCUGCAUGCAGAGGACCACGCCACGCAGCACCUGGAGCCCGUCCUCCGGGCCCUGCAGCACGCCUGUGCCGACGAGGAGGCCGCCGUGGUCAGCAGCUGCACAAAGUCGGCAGAGUUCAUUGGAACCUUUGUCAAUCCAGAAGUGUUUCUGAAGUUAAUCCUGUCGCCGUUGAAGAAGUCACCCUCGGCCUCCAGCCUCCUGGUCCUGGCCUCAGUCCUCCGGGGCUGUCCUCGAGAAGCCCUGCAGCCCCACCUGAAGGCCGUUGCCACAGAGCUGGCCCAGGCCCACGUCUGCCAGGCGUCUGAGAACAAGCGCUAUCUGGAGCACCUGCUGCUCUGUGUGCAAGCCCUGAUUGCUGUGUGUGGGGAGGACUGCUCUGCGUGCAGCCUGCAGCUCACGCAAGUGCUGGUGGCGAUCCUGGCUGCCUCUGGUGCCACAGACCUGGACGAGAAGGUGCAGGAGACGGUGGGCUUGCUGGCUGUGGCAGAGGGCUCUGAUGGGCCCCAGGAUGUCUACCAGAAGCACGUGGGCGCACUGAUGGAGUGGGUGACAGCCUCGCAUGGUGACUGGACCGUGUACUCCGCGGAGCUCGCGCAGUUCGGCGUGCUCAUCACUCAGGCAGGCCCCGCUGUGGGAGAGGUCCUUCGGUACCUGAUCCCCACCCUCAGGAGCUGCCUGCAGCCCAGCAGGGACCCCCAGAUGCGCCUGAAGCUUUUCUCCAUCCUGUCAAAAGUACUACUGAGAGCCAGGGAGACAGUGGACUCCCAAGGGCAGUUCCAUGGCCAUCUCAAGAUGCUGGUGACAGACAUCUUGGUCCCCAACCUGCAGUGGCACGCUGGGAGGACCGCUGCAGCCAUCCGCACAGCCGCCGUGUCCUGCCUCUGGGCGCUUGUCAGCUCUGGGACCCUGUCAGCCGAGCAGAUCCUGGAGGUGCAGGGGGCGUUGAUGCCACAGAUGGUGACCACCCUGGAGGAGGACUCCCAGAUGACCCGGCUGAUCUCGUGCCGCAUCAUCAACCUGUUUUUACAGACCUCUGGUGACACAAAUGAGCCAGAGAAGCUCCUCAAGAUCUACCCCGAACUCUUAAAACGCGUCGAUGACGUUUCCAACGAAGUGAGGAUAGCAGCUGCCACCACCUUAAUCACCUGGCUGAAGUGUAUCCGAAAUGAUGACAGCAAGUCCUACUAUCAGAGUAAUAUCCAGUACCUGUACAAGGAGCUGCUCGUAUACCUCGACGACUCGGAGCCAGCCGUCCAGGACUCAGUCUUAGAGGUGCUCAAAGAGGGCAGUGUCCUAUUCCCCGAGAUCCUGGUGCAGGAAACUGAGGCCGUCCUUCACAAGCACCGCUCCCCCGCCCUCUGCGAGCAGCUCCUGCAGCACGUGCAGGCCCUGGCAGCUGCGCACUGACGGGUUGUCAGAGCACCUCAGUCCAGUGUCGGGAGGUGGGAGCCGGUGCCAGCCUUUGUCCUUAUCUGGACUGGAAUUUGUGCCUUCAAACAUCUUAAACAGGGCACCUCUUCAUCAACAGCAAGCACAUUCACAAUUGAGACAAUGACAGCAAAAAGAAUGUAGUCCCCAUACAGUGUGUCUCCUGGGACAAGUGUUCUAGCCCAGCCCUUCCUGAAACAGCAUUUACCAGUGGGAUCUGUAUUUUUAUGUCUGUUCAUACAGUUCAUUGAGAGGUCUGCCAAUGAUCUACAGGUAAUUUGAAGUUAAAACAAAAUGGCAACUAGCCAGCCUGGCAGCUAGAUCAGCUCUACUGUUAUUUCCUUUUUUAGGCACAAGUGCGGUACUAGAGUCCCUAGGUGACUGGUUCUGCCUGCUGAAAUGCCAACCAAGAAUGUUCUUGACUAUUUUUAAAAAGCCAAAGUAAAUACAAAGAUUUUUCAUCUUUCUUUGGGUUCUAGCUCCUGAAACUUAUUAUCUCGGUGAGCAGACCAAAAGGAAUUUGAAAUCUUAAGAGCUGUCAUCCAUGAAAUUUCCCAUUUUAAAUAUACUGGAAUUUAAAGUGUUAUGUGGAUGCAGUAUUUUUUCUGUAGCCAGUAAUGCUUAUAGUCUUGAAAAUAAAAUCAGAUAUAAUUUUGGUUUCCCUCUUAUAACUAGCAGUAAAUUAUAUUUUAUUCUCUAGCACUUUCUACACCCAAGUGCCUAAAAGAUUUAGUUUCAAAUGGGUAUUGUUUCCAUAAGCCAAUAUUUAUGUUAACCUAAGAGGGAAAAUGCUGUGUAUUUUCCAACAGUCAGAU